CAAAUGCUGGCAGGUGUGCGAUUUCUCUUCACGCGCGUGUUGCCGUUUGAGCGAGUGAUACGAGGCGGUGAUGUGCGCGUGCGCGUCAUGACCGAGAGGGCGUGUCCGCGGCGGUGUGGCGCGCGCGCAGGCGCGCGGCCCUCCGGCGAGUGGCGCUGCUGAAGGAAGCGAGGGCAAGGCAGGCGGCGGCUGAGCGAGCGAGCGAGCUCCUCCGCAAAACGCCAGCGAACGCUCAAGUCGCGCGACGGAAUCACCCUCGCCCCCCGCCCCCCAUCCCAAAGUGCCGCCGAAGUGAGGGUCGGUGUCGUCGCCAUGACGUUGGACUUGAACAACGCGUAACUCGGAUGUGCUGAACUAUUGGCCAAAGUGUCCGGCUGGUCGGGAGCGCGCAGGCGUGUGCGGAUUAUUGCCAUUGCUGCUCUUUUUUUUUUUGGAGGGGGGGGGGCGGCGAUGAUGAUGGUGAUGAUGAUGACGACGGCGGCUGUGGCGACUUGGUGCCUGAGCGUCUUGUCGCCGGUGCUGUCCACCUCGGAGCCGUCCAGAGGCAGCCGCCGGCACGCGGUCUACUGGAACAGCUCCAACCUGCUGCUGCGACGGGAGGGCUACACGGUGCAGGUGAGCGUCAACGACUACUUGGACAUCUACUGCCCGCACUACAACAGCAGCCUGCGGGGGGCGAUGGAGCGCAACGUGGCCGAGCAGUACGUGCUGUACAUGGUCGGCUACGACGGCUACCUGGCCUGCGACCCGCGGCUCGGCUUCAAGCGCUGGGAGUGCAAGCGGCCGCACGCGCCGCACGUCCCCAUCAAGUUCUCCGAGAAGUUCCAGCGUUACAGCGCCUUCUCGCUGGGCUACGAGUUCACCGUGGGACAAGAGUACUACUACAUAUCCGCUCCCACCCACCGCCACCGCCACGGCCACGGUUGCCUGAGGAUGAGGGUCUACGUCUGCUGCUCCCCCGCGUCUCAUUCGGACGACGACUCCGCCCGGACGUCCGGCGCCUCCGCGGUGCGGCCCAGCGUCAAGAUACGCGACGUCGAUGAAUUCAACCCCAAAGUUCCCAAGCUGGAGAAAAGCGUGAGUGGCAGCAGCCCGUCGCGCGACCGCCUCCUGCUCACCGUGGCCGCCAUGUUGCUCGCCAGCGCCCCCCCGCUCUCCUAGCAAGAGCGGGCUGCGCAAAAUCAGACGGACCCAAGAAAUUUGUUGCGGCCGCGUGACAUUUCUAGCCAAACGGAGACCCGCCCAAGGAGUAACGGGACCGUGCCGGAUGCGGACCAUGCUAGCGCUGGGAUGGAUGAAGGAUGUUUGUGAUUGAUGGGAUGGUGCCAGUUGCAGAAAAUUUGGCCAGAUUCAGACAUUGGUGCCAGAUGCAGCAAAUGGUGCCAGAUUCAGGAGAAGGACCGCGGACGACGCUUGCGUCGGGAUGGAUUCGGUACAUUUUCGUUUUUAUGGCCCGGUGCCGGAUGCCGAUGACGGCGCUGGAUGCGGAUAACCGUGGCGAGUAAAGACAACGCUAGCGUUAAGAUAGAUGAAGCAUGCUUACAACUUAAGGAGGAUACACGUGCCCGUGUAGAAACCUGUGCCGGAUGCGGACGAAGGUGGCACGAGCAGACGAUGCCAACGUUGAGAUGGAUUUGGAACGCCGAGGAUUCAUGGGAGGAUUGCCGGAUUCCGAUGAUCGGAUGGAUCGAUUUACGUAUACGGCGUAAUGGUGCCGGAUGCGAACAAAGUUGCCAGGUAGCAACAUCAAAAAUGGAUUGCGAAUGUUUUUGAUUCAUGGGAAGGCUCCGAAUAUGGACAAAUGGGGCAAGAUGCAGACGACGUCAGUCGCGGGAUGGCUUAAGAAUGUUUGUGACUUACGGGAUGGUGCUGGAUGCAAGCAGCAGUAAUGAAUGUUUAUGGUUUAAGAUGGGACGCUGGAUGCAGCAAAAGGUUGCAGACGAUGGUAUCAGCAAGGUGACUGCCAAAGGCCAGGAAGGGGACGCCGAUGCAAGCGCACAAAUUCAUCUCCCGAAUUGCGGCUGUUCCUCUGUUCCAAGUUGCCAGGAACUCUUCGAGCUCGCACGCCUAGUAGGAAUAAAAGCUCCGUUUCUGGUCUUCUGGUGUCAAUAUUUGAGAAUCGGUGGCGUCGAUGGGUUCUCGCGGCACCGCUAUGCUACUUCCCGCCGAUAGGCGUCGCCAAAGCACACCCGCGCGAGGAUGUUGCGCACCGCGCUCGUCAAGCGUCGUGUGCUUUUGACGAGGUCACAUUUGCUGUCAGGCAUCUUAUUCUCAACUCCGCCGUUUCCUUCCCACAAGUCACCGCAACGUUCGCUAAUCGCCUCCUCCUCUUUCCGCCGCUUCCCUCGCCUUUACAGUAAUCCCGUCCCCUCCGUGUGUGUGUGUGUGUGUGUGUGUGUGCGCGCGCAGAUGUGCCCACACUUUGGGCAUCUGCUCAAAACCUAAAGCCCAAAAAUAACGAAUGACUCUUACCCCCACUCCCUAAAAAA